GCCACCGGUGUCUUUCCAUAUCUCUCACUCGGACGAUCACUUCAGUCUCCACUUGCUUGACGAACCACCCACCCACUUCACAUCAAUUGCUUACUACAACUCUUCUAGUCAGGCUUAUAACUCCGAAAAGUACUCUAACCGAGCCCGGCCCUGGUUCAUGUUUGCGCGUUUUCAGCACAGAGACAAACGCGGUGAUGAUCUUCCGACCUCAAGGGGCGGUAUACGGCCUCGGAAUGGCUCCCCACUCCGGCGAUGUCGAGCAAAUAGGCUUGCGAUAUGCGGCGUAGUCUGCGUCGUGCUGUUCUUCGUGUUUUUCCGCCCGGAGAAUGGUAUACCGCUAUCUUUACCAGGGUCAGAGGAGGAGGUCGACCCGGAGAUCACUGCCUAUGAGGAGUGGAUACGGCAGCACCCCGAUGUGCGAUUACCACCGACCUAUGAGGAGUACUGGGCGAGAGAGGCGAAGAUGACGAGACCACAUGAGCCGGGAACGAAGUAUUUCUUCCCUGCGAGACAUAUCUGGGGGUUGGGAUGGGGGAACGCGGUGCAGGAAUUACUGGUCAAUGCGUUGUUGGCGCAUGAGAGUAACCGUUCCUUCGUCUGGGACGAUUACACCUGGAACUACAAACCCGAAGUGAAGUGGACUAUCUACAAUGACAAGCUCAUUCACUCCCGAAUGCCAUUAUCUGUGCUCCUCGACGGCCCUGUCCUCGGCGAGGAAUUCCCGGAAGGCGACUACGCACCACGCGCCGUCCCCAAAAACCAGUUCUACGAGGUCUGCGAGACGCUCGGAGGGAUACAUUACAUCAAUAACGACCAGGUUAAGAUCGAACUUGACCUCGGGAACGAAUACGGAGCCCUUGAACUCUUCACGAGAUGGGUAGAGAAGCUUAAAUCCAUCGAUGCACCGUGCAUAUCCAACGAAGGCUCCAAAACACAUAUCUUCGAGAUGUGGCUCUUCGGGAGUCGUCGAAUCUACGACCUCUGGCCUUUACUCCGAGAUUCACCCAUUGUCCAACAAUACAGCUCUUCCCCACUCGUCCUCCUCGGUCUCGAAGCCAACAAACACCUCGUCGGCCUCCCACGCACCUCUUCCCUCGCCCACCUCUCCGCUCCCAUCUCCUACGAACCCUCACGUAUCCCCAGCUCUGCCCUCUCCACUCUCAAAGCAGAACAAUUCGACGUCAUUCCCGGCUUGCUCGUGCUUCACAUCCGCCGCGGCGAUUUCGACGACCAUUGUCUGCACCUCGCACAAUGGACUGCGGAAUGGCAAGGGUUCAAUCAGCUGGCGUCGGAGGGGAUGCCAGAUAAGUUCGAGAGGCCGGACGCGCCGUGGGGGAAGUUGACUCUAGGGAACGCGGUGCUGUAUGCCCAGAGGUGUUUCCCUGAGAUUCCGGGCAUCGUGGAGAGGGUGAAGGAGAUCAGAAGGGAGCACACGCAUCUGAGGAGGAUAUACGUGAUGACGAAUGGGAAGAAGGAUUGGAUUGAUGAGUUGAAGAAGGCGUUGAAGGCAGAUCAAGAGUUUAAAUGGGAUGAGGUGACGGGAAGUAGGGAUCUGGUGUUGGACUGGGAGCAAAAAUAUGUCGCGCAGAGUGUGGACAUGGCGAUUGGAACACGAGCAGACGUUCUUCUGGGCAAUGGUUGGUCCUCUUUCACGGCUCAUCUCGUUAUGCUGCGGAUGGCGAAGGGCCACCCAACAGAAAAGAAUCGAUUCUGGUGAAUCAUACGAAGGCGCGUAUACACGGCGCUGAUGUAUACUGUACAAUACAUACAUAUGAUCCUGCAUAUACCCCGGCUUCGCCCUUACGGACCUUUACAACUAAUACUCGGGGACGAAGGACAGUGCAAUUUUGCUUUCUUUACAGCGUCACUUCGUUGUUGUGUUUGGAUGAUGCUUUAGCUACAUACUACGUCCAUAUGCUUUCCAUUUAUGAGCCCUAUUAUAUACUCACACUGUUCGCUCUUCCAUAGAUACUGUCCUACACUUAUUCUACCCAGUACAA